AUGUCUUCUCCAAUUAUAGGUAUCACAUUUGGUAAUACUUCCUCCUCCAUUGCUUACAUCAAUCCCAAGAACGAUGUGGAUGUGAUUGCUAACCCAGAUGGUGAGCGUUCCAUUCCAUCUGUUCUGUCCUAUGUUGGUGCCGACGAGUACCAUGGAGGUCAAGCUCUGCAACAGUUGGUUAGAAACUCAGCCAAUACUAUUAUCAAUUUCCGUGACUUGAUCGGUUUGCCUUUUGCGCAAGCUGAUGUUUCCAAAUGUGCCGCAGGUGCACCUGCCAUUGAGAUCGAUGGAAAGGUUGGAUUUGCCAUUAAAAGAGGUGAAGACAAAGAGGAAAAAAUCACUGUUGAUGAAGUUAUUUCGAGACAUCUCAACAAAUUGAAGCUCGCUGCUGAAGAUUACAUUGGUAGUAAAGUUCGCCAGGUUGUCUUAACUGUUCCAACCAAUUUCAAUGAUAACCAAAAGGAAGCCCUAAAAAAUGCUGCUUCAAAAGCUGGUUUAGAGGUCGUUCAAUUCAUUAACGAGCCAUCAGCAGCUUUAUUGGCUCAUGUUGAACAAUACCCAUUCGAGAAAGAUGUCAACGUUGUCGUUGCUGAUUUCGGUGGAGUUAGAUCAGAUGCUGCUGUCAUUGCUAUCCGCAACGGUAUCUACACUAUCCUAGCCACAAAACACGAUACUAGUCUCGGUGGUGAUAAUUUAGAUACUGAACUUAUCGAGUAUUUUGCUAAGGAUUUCCAGAAGAAGACUUCCACAAAUCCAACCAAAAAUGUUAGAUCUUUGGCUAAAUUAAGAGCAAAUGCCAUCAUAACCAAGAAGACAUUAUCUAAUGCUACUACUGCUACAAUUUCUAUUGAUUCUUUAGCUGAUGGUUAUGAUUACCACACAUCUAUCAACAGAAUGAGAUUUGAACUAGUUACAAAUAAGGUUUUCUCUCAAUUUUCAGCAUUCGUUGAAGAUGUCAUUGCCAAGGCUGAACUUGAUCCAUUGGAUAUUCAUGCUGUAAUAUUAUCUGGUGGUGUUGCAUUCACUCCAAAAUUGGCAAACAAUUUUGAAUUCUUAUUCCCUGAAUCAGUCAAAAUCCUAGGUCCAAAUGCUAAAGAAUCUUCAAAUCAACCAAAUGAGUUAACUGCUUCAGGUGCUGCUUUACAAGCUAGAUUAGUUAGCAGUUAUGAUGCUGAUGAAUUGUCUGAAGCUUUGAAACCCGUUAUCAUCAACACUCCUCACAUACCUAAGGCAAUUGGUUUGAUAGGUUCUCAAGGUGAAUUUUGUCCAGUAUUUCUGGCAGAGACCUCUUUCCCAGCACAAAAGAAAUUGACUCUGAAGAAUGCCAAGGGUGAUUUGUUAGUUGGUGUUUACGAAGGAGAUCAUCACAUUGAAGAGAAAACCUUGGAACCAACUCCAAAGGAGGAAAAAAAGGAUGACGAUGAAGAGGAAGAGGAGUGGUCAGACAGCGAAGAUGAUGAACCAGAAAUCAUCAGAGAGAAGCUUUAUACCUUUAGUACCAAAUUAAUGGAACUGGGUAUCAAAGGAGUCACUAAAGGUGUGGAAAUUGUCUUCAAUUUAAAUAAAGAAGGUGUGCUAAAAGUUAGUGCUAGAGACCUGAAAUCGGGUAAUGUUGUCAAAGGAGAGUUGUGA